GCCUGUUGAAAUCAUUUUCACAGCACAGGAAAGUGUUUGUCCAUACCCCAAGUGUCACUUUAAUCAUGCCGGUUGCAGCUCGAGCCCGCUUCUUCCCCUUGUUUUGCGGCGCAGAAGCACGAAAUCAGCUUGAAAUACAAAGAUGUCACACCCUGGCCAAAGAUCACAUCGCCAAGGCAAAAACAGCCAUGGACAAGUUCCUCCAAAGCGUCGAGUCGAAUCCCCACAGACGAGACGCAGCCGAGCCUUGCUACUCGCUGCACGAGCCAGGAGACCUCGUCUAUGGAACCGCUCUCGUCUUUCACGGAUUCGGGCAAUCUCCACAGCAGUGCCAGUUGCUCGCGGACUACCUGUUUGACAAUGGCUUCAAUGUCUACCAGCCUUGCCUUGCUCGCCACUAUCUCGGAAAUCCGACUCUAAACUGGCCGCAGGUCGAUCUCAAGCCGGAACUGAAAGAGAAGAUCCGGCAAAACUUCCUCAAGGAUCCGGUCCUAGCCAAGGAGCUCUAUAUCUCUGCGGAAGACACCAUGCAGCGAGUUCGCUCCCUUUCCCCCGAAAUGUCUGAUAUAAUCGCUGCGCUCGACCAAGGUGACCGUAGCCAGGAUUUCCAGAGGUUUUUCGACUCGAGCCACUUGGACUACUUCACGGAAGCCGAGCAGCGACUAGAAGAAGUGCGUGCUCUGCCAGGCCCGAUCUUCGCGAUAGGCAUCUCGAUGGGAGGAGCCACUGCGUUGCAUCUCGCCAACACUUAUCCAGACACAAUCUCGAAAGUCGUAGCGUACGCCCCGCUCCUGAAGACAAUGGAUGAUGCGAGGAGAGAAUUUGCUCUGGCGAUCGGCCCGCUGGACGUGAAAGAAACCGGAUGGGAGCCAUCGCUCCAGUUCACAGUGGGAUGCCUUGUAGCAAUCGACCUGUGUGGGACUCGCAUCAGCCAAUCCAACAUAGAUAACCUCGCAAAGAAAGUCGCUACCUUGCUACUCUUCACCGCAAACGAAGACUCGGCCGACCUUCCAACGCAGGAGAAAUUCGCGCAAAGACUAAAAGCCAUCUCCUCCGAUGGAGUGCCACACCUGCAUUACACAUAUCGCCGCGAGCUGGAAGUCCCGCACGCGAUGAUCCACCCAAACGAGAGGCCGAUCGCGAACAAGCUGUGGAGAAGAAUGUACCAGGAGACAUUUCGAUUCCUGACCACCGGGAAGGCGCGCCAGGACGAGCUCGAUUCGCUGCGCCAAGACGAAACCCUACCCCAAGUACCAUAAACCCUAAAACCCCAAAUUCUCGGGAGCAAACUUUUAUCUCCUCGUGAGAGCGAACAAACUAAACUCUAGAACUUUGGAUCAAA